GAGGUCAGACUCAAACCCAGCCUCACAGUCACUGCCAGGCUGAGCUAUGCCAGCAAUAGCCAGCCCUUCCUCCACAGGCUGUUAGGAACAUGUCAUCAGUCAUCGGGGAUGCACCUCCAGGAUAUCACCUGCACACUUGGGUAUGUUUUGAGAUCCCUCUUUCCUGAAGCUUACAGGAUUGGAGGACCACAGACAGGAUGCAGUUGGGUUGCCUGCUUUUCCCAGCCAAUGCACCAAGGAAUCUCCUGGAAACUUCCAUGCCUCUCAGUUGAGUCUGAAUAAAAUCAGGAGAAAAUGACAGACACCCUGCACAGGAUCCCCCUCUGAGUCCUUCAUAAACAUGCUUCUUGAUUGAGUUAUCAAGACUGCCCUGGAUGCAAGAGAAAGGAGAUGGCUGCUGGCAAAAGUAUGAUGCCCGUUUUGUUCUACAAGAAUUUACGAUUCAAGGUGUUUUGGAAGCCAAGACUGAAUGAAGAAGUGUACAAUGAAGAAUUAUUUUGUGUAUGAUGAGUUGGAGCAGGAAGAACACAGUAUUGACUCCUGACUUUGUUUCCUGACUGGAUGGCUUUGGCGCAUGAUUUGGGAGUUAAACUUUGUGACAUGGAUGAAUCAGCACUGAGCCUGGGCACAAUAGAUGUUUCUUAUCUUCCGAAUUCCUCGGACUAUAGUCUUGGUCGAUGCAAGCAUGCGAAUGAGGAAUGGGGUGAGUGUGGUUUCAGAUCCACCUUCUUCAGGUCUGCGACCCUAAAAUGGAAAGAAAGCCUGAUGAGUCGGAAGAGGCCGUUUGUCGGAAGGUGUUGCUAUGCCUGCACUCCCCAGAGCUGGGAGAAAUUUUUCAACCCCAGUAUCCCAUCUUUGGGUUUGCGGAAUGUUAUUUAUAUCAAUGAAACUCACACAAGGCACCGAGGAUGGCUUGCAAGACAGCUUUCCUAUGUUCUUUUUGUUCAAGAACGAGAUGUGCAUAAGGGCAUGUUUGCCACCAACGUGACUGAAAAUGUGCUGAAUAGCACCAGAGUACAAGAGGCAAUUGCAGAAGUAGCCGCCGAGUUAAACCCUGAUGGGUCUGACCAGCAACAAUCAAAAGCCAUCAAUAAGGUGAAAAAGAAAGCCAGAAAGAUUCUCCAGGAAAUGGUUGCCACAGUCUCACCGGGGCUGAUCAGACUGACUGGGUGGGUGCUGCUCAAACUGUUCAACAGCUUUUUUUGGAACAUUCAGAUUCACAAGGGCCAGCUUGAGAUGGUUAAAGCUGCAACCGAGACGAAUUUGCCGCUUAUAUUUCUGCCGGUUCAUAGAUCCCAUAUUGACUAUUUGCUGCUCACUUUCAUUCUCUUCUGCCAUAACAUCAAAGCACCUUACAUCGCCUCAGGCAAUAAUCUCAACAUUCCAAUCUUCAGUACCUUGAUUCAUAAGCUUGGGGGCUUUUUCAUACGCCGGAGACUGGAUGAAACACCAGACGGACGGAAAGACAUCCUCUAUAGAGCCCUGCUGCACGGGCAUAUAGUUGAACUGCUCCGACAGCAGCAGUUCCUGGAGAUUUUCCUGGAAGGCACACGCUCCCGAAGUGGGAAAACCUCCUGUGCCCGGGCUGGGCUUCUCUCAGUGGUGGUUGACACGCUGUCCACCAACACCAUCCCAGAUAUCCUCAUCAUUCCUGUGGGAAUCUCCUAUGACCGGAUCAUUGAAGGCCACUACAAUGGCGAACAGCUGGGCAAACCUAAGAAGAAUGAGAGCCUGUGGAGUGUAGCAAGAGGUGUCAUUAGAAUGCUAAGGAAAAACUAUGGCUACGUCCGAGUGGAUUUUGCACAGCCGUUUUCCUUGAAGGAAUAUUUAGAAAGCCAAAGUCAAAAACCUGUGACUGCUCCCCUUUCUUUGGAACAAGCCCUGCUGCCAGCUAUACUUCCUUCAAGACCCAGUGAUGCUGCUGACGAAGGUGUGGAUGCAGCCACGAACGAGUCCAGAAACGCAGCCGAUGAAUCCUUCCGCAGGAGGCUGAUCUCGAAUCUGGCCGAGCACAUCCUCUUCACUGCCAGUAAGUCCUGUGCCAUCAUGUCCACUCACAUCGUGGCCUGCCUGCUGCUCUACCGCCACCGGCAGGGAAUUAAUCUUUCUACAUUGGUGGAAGACUUCUUUGUGAUGAAGGAGGAAGUCCUGGCCCGUGACUUUGACCUGGGGUUCUCGGGGAAUUCCGAAGAUGUGGUCAUGCACGCCCUCCAGCUGCUGGGCAAUUGCGUUGCUAUCACCCCCACUAGCAGGAACGACGAGUUCUUCAUCACUCCCAGCACAACUGUCCCGUCAGUCUUUGAACUCAACUUCUACAGCAAUGGAGUCUUGCAAGUUUUUAUCAUGGAGGCCGUCCUAGCCUGCAGUCUCUACGCGGUCCUGAACAAGAGGGGUUCUGGAAGCUCUGCGGGUGUGCCCGCCGGCCUGGUCAGCCAGGAGCAGCUGGUGCGCAAGGCCGCCAGCCUGUGCUACCUGCUCUCCAAUGAAGGCAGCAUCUCUCUGCCCUGCCAGACGUAUUACCAAGUCUGCCACGAGACGGUAGGGAGGUUUAUCCAGUACGGCAUCCUAACCGUGGCGGAGCAAGAUGAGCAGGAAGAUAUCAGUCCUGGUCUUGGUGAGCAACAGUGGGACAAGAAACUUCCCGAACCUUUGUCUUGGCGGAGUGAUGAAGAAGAUGAAGACAGUGAUUUUGCUGAGGAGCAGCGCGAUUGCUACUUGAAGGUGAGCCAGUCCAAGGAACAUCAGCAGUUCAUCACCUUCUUACAGAGACUCCUGGGGCCCCUGCUCGAGGCCUACAGCUCCGCCGCCACCUUUGUCCACAGCUUCAGCGGCCCUGUUCCGGAGCCUGAAUACUUGCAGAAGUUGCACAAAUACCUAAUAAGCAGAACAGAAAGAGAUGUUGCAGUGUAUGCUGAGAGUGCCACGUACUGCCUCGUGAAGAAUGCCGUGAAAAUGUUCAAGGAUAUUGGGGUUUUCAAAGAGACCAAACAAAAGAGGGUGUCUGUUUUAGAACUGACCAGCACAUUCCUACCUCAAGGCAACCGGCAGAAGCUCCUGGAAUAUAUUCUGAGUUUUGUGGUGCUGUAGGCAGCUCGUGGCACCUCUGGCAAGUGAAGGACAUGAGCUGAGCUCGUGACGGGCUCUGGCCCCCAACCCGAGAGCUGCAGGUGCCGCCGUGUGGUCAGGCCUUGCUGUUCCCAAGGUGAUCUAGAAGACAAGUGCCUUCUCCCUUCCCAGCCCUGGGACCUUCCGCACGCUGGGACAAAACAGCAGUUGGCAGAUAACACUUGGG